UCGGCUCAACCGACCACAUCUCGUGUUUUCCAUCGCUUCGAUAGUGGACUGGCCUCGGAUCCCACAGCUACUAUCCGAUCUGAACGACACCGGGUCAAUUCUCGUCCAAGCAUCGAUAUGAUGUCCUUCAAAACCGGUGAUAGUUCACCAGCUACUCCAGCUGACACAACCCUUAGCAAUCUGCUCAGCGCCGAACCUCCUCCUAUCCCUGAGCGACCAAAUAUGAGCAAAUCCGGUUUCUUAGAACCGCAAACUCCGACCGAGCGACGACCGUCGCGUAGCGAGAUCGAUUUGUCCCGACGACCCAGUUCCAGUGAAAUUUCAGACGGCCCUGUCCCUCCCAGUCCAACGACCCUGUCCACAUCCACAUACAAUCGACGUUCGCGGCGAGUUAUGGUCCGUCCGGAGUCGAAUCAACGGCCCAGUUUACCACCGCACCCUCGUCCUCCCGUCCCCAAUCGCACAGGCCCUUCGGAUCGGAGUUGUCGUGCCAUUAUGCUUGAUGGAGAUGAUAUCGCUCCACCGAUUCCCGAACGACAGCUCCAUGGCGAGGGUUUGCGGUUUGGGACUCAGCACGAUGCACCACCACUAAACACUGCUAACGAAUCUUUGAUGGCCAAGGCACAACAAUGCCAUCGUUGA